AUGCUCGCAUUCCUGAGCCGUUCCACCGUCCCGAAUGUUGGACAAGAGCAGGGGCAGCACAGAGCGCUGGAGGACUCACUGAAGGAGUGGCUUCCGACGGCAGAGGAAGAAGCUCUGGUGCGAGCUCUUGAGGCUGCGGUCAGGCGAGGGGAGGCCCCGACCUUGGGGCUCUGCUUCGGGACGGUCUGGGAGGGCCGGAGCUCAACGGCUUGCGUGUGGACGUCUCCCUACAGUGAAGGCUUCGAGGCCCGAGAGAGCGAUCUCGUGGCAAGCGCGAUGCCGCUUCCCGCCGAGCUGGGAGGCCCCGUGGCUCUGACGCCCGCAGAAGGUCCAGCCCGCACCGCCCCGUCGCCCGAAGCCGAGGAGGUCAAGAAGAAAGGCAAGCAGGGUCGGCAUGCGGACUCGGAAGUUUCAGCCAGUAUGCUGGAAGUGCGAAGGGCAAUCAGCGACGACGAUUCGGAUGCUCCUUUGGCAAAGCGCAUCCGACGCCGUGCGACAGCGCCAGCGAGGCUGACCCCAGGGAAGGCGCCGAAGGCCAAAGCCCGGGCGGGAGCUGCAGCGGUUCCGUCAGCCAGGCCGACGGCCGCUGCUUCACAGGCCAACCUCGAGGGUGAGUCCAAAGCUCCGGAGCAGUCGAAGAAGAGGGCGGCACCCUCGAGACAGGAGCCCUCCAACAAAUGUCGAAAGGCUGCUGCGUCCAAGGAGACCGCGAAACCGAAGGCUUCGAGGGCUCUGAAGGACACGGCCUUCGCGAACCCAGCGGAAGCGGCGGUGGCGGCCGCCAACGGCCGACCUGUCUUUGCAACCACGGGUCUUGAGCUCUCAACCAGGCAGCAAAAGUUCCUGCUCGAUCUGCAGGGACUGAUGGUUGCAGAGUGGAAUCCCCAUGUCUCGCACCUGAUCGCGGACACCUUCCGACGGACGACGAAGAUGAUGUGCGCCAUCUGCUCUGGCGCACACAUCCUUUCGACAGAAUAUGUGAAGGCCUGCCGCGAGGCUGGCCGGCUCGUGGACGAAGCUGCAUUUCUUCUCAAGGAUGAGGUGUGCGAAGCCGCCUUCGCGCGGAAGAGGGGGAUCUCACAAGGAUACUCCCUGGCGGCAGCUCUUGAGCGUGCACGGCAGAAUGGCCCUCUACUGCAGGGGAUGUCGGUCUACUGCUUCCCAUCUGUAGGGGAAAAGCGUGAGCUACCGAUGUUGGUUGCUGCUGCGGGAGGAACAUGGCUGAAGCGCUUCCCUUUGCAGCCGGCGUGCACUUCCGUGCUGCUCCUCGCCGAGCGCUGCGUCAGCAGCGAGAGGGAGCAGCAGCGGCGUCGUGUCUACGAGGUGUACGAUGUGGAGCUACUUCGUGAGGCCGCAUGUACACAGGAACUUCGACGAUCAGCAUAUCGACUCCAGUGA